AUGAAUUUGAACUUCACCUCCUCCACUCACCAGCUUCCCACCCAGAGACCGACCUCGUUUUUUAUUGAAGAUAUUCUGCUCCAUAAACCCAAACCUUUAAGGGAAUCUGCCCCGGCUCCCUUCGCCGGCUCCUUCACAUCCAGGGUCCCCAUCCUCGAUUAUGGGUACCCCCUGAUGCCAACGCCUACCAUCCUGGCCCCCCAUCCUCACCAUCCACUCCACAAACCCGACCAGCACCAUCCCUUCUUCCUUGCCACAUCAGGCCUCUCGGUCCCUGCCCUGUUCCCCCAUCACUCGGACCUGCCCGGGAAGCUGUGCAGGAGGCGGAAGGCCCGGACGGUGUUCUCGGACUCCCAGCUCUCCGGCCUGGAGAAGAGAUUCGAGCUGCAGCGGUAUCUGUCCACCCCGGAGCGGGUAGAACUGGCGACUGCCCUCAGCCUCUCCGAGACCCAGGUGAAAACCUGGUUCCAGAACCGGAGAAUGAAGCACAAGAAGCAGCUGCGAAAGACCCAGGAGGACCCGAAAGCCUCAGCCGGCGAGGGCCACCCGGACCACAGCCCCAGCGACACCGAACUGGGGGGCGCAAAUGGGGCAGAACUGGGCAAAGGCCAGAGCCUGUUCCUCCGGGAGGAGGCCGAGGAUGACGUGGAUAUUAUUGAAGAUGAAAUGUUAUAA